ACAAGCGUCAGUGUUAAAGGCGUGUAAAGGUUGUGUUCUUUCACAGAGCAAGGCAAGUUAUUUAAUCAGCCAUAAACCAGGCGGUUAUUGAGCAGGUAGCUUACAGCAGACAUGGAUUGCGGUAUCGUAGCGUCCAAGACCGUCCUUUUGUUGCUUAGUUUAAUAUUUUGGGUGGCAGGGGCAGCUCUUGCAUUUGUUGGCUCAUAUGUCAUAAGCAGCUACAAGAACUUUGACGGCUUCAGGGUUGACAAAUAUGCCUUUAUCCCUGUAGCCAUCAUUCUCGCUGUGGCCAUCGUUAUGUUCAUCGUUGGCAUAAUUGGCUGCUGUGCAACUCUGAGGGAGUCUAGAGUUGGCCUAGGCUUUUUCCUACUCAUCAUUUUACUGAUUUUUGCUGCGGAGGUCACUGCCUUAGUGUUUGGCGUAAUCUACAGAGCCAAGGUAAAUGGAGAAUUGGACAAAUCAAUGAACGAAGUUUUUGAGAAGUAUGACGGUAAGAAUUCUGAAUCCAAGACAGUGGAUUACUUGCAGACUCAGCUGAAAUGUUGUGGGGUGUUGAACUACACCGACUGGUCAACUCGGCCUUAUUUUAUUUCUCAUAACAAGUCUGUGCCUAUUUCAUGCUGCAAAGCAAACACCACCUGCACUGGACAGUUCAACCACCCAGAGCUGCUGAAUACAAAAGGAUGUAAAACUCAACUGGAGCAGCUGCUGCAGAAUGUGCUGAGUACAGGCUUGUUGGUCGUCAUGGGAUUUGCUAUCCUGAAGUUACUUGGCAUACUCAGCAUCUGUAUGAUUGCCUGCCGAAGCUCGAGAAAUGACUACCAGCCACUGUAUUCAUAAAAGGUUCUGCAAAGUGCUUCAGCUUCUUCAUUAUCAGUAUAGAAAAAAAGUCUGACAUGUUUCCUAACCUCAGUGGCGACAGUACAUCACACAUGCAUGUUUUUUGUCCCUUUUAAUGGUACAGUAUUUUGAGUUUUAAUGUAGUCAUUGAGUAGAAAAGCAAGAAUCUUACUAUAGUUUAGGGAAAUGUAGAAAGCACACCACUCAUCUGUUUGUGAAAGGACAAAAAAAUUUUCUUUUUUGUUUUUUUAAGAUAAAUUAUAUUCCUACCAUUUGGUUGACUAUUGUGCCUUAGACAGUGCACCUUACUAUGUGUCUUUCCUCUCAACUUUCCUGAAUUCUACGCUAGCAUGUACUUUCCAAUUAUUUUAAAUGUAAACAAUAAAGGGAGUUCUGCCAAUUACCUGAACUGAAUUCAGAAAAAUUAAAAAAUGGAUUGCAAUUUGUUUAAUUGUAUACAUGUUUUCGUCUGUAGGUAUUGUUUAUGUAAAUGGACAAGUAAUGUAUGUAUUCAUGCGUUUUUCAUGUUUAGUUGCUGAACUGGUCAUGAUUGCCUGGAAAAUAUUUUUUCUGCAAGGCUCUUACGCUUCACAGAUUUAUGUAUUAAAUGCUGACCUGCUGAGUUUUAAUCUCACUGACAUAUGAAUAAAAUAAAUGUCUUAAAUUGAAUAA